GUAUCUUCAUCCUCUCGGAAAAGUGCUGCUCUACUACUCAAGACACAGAAAGCACGAGCUGGUUUGAGAGAAAGUGCUGACAAUGUCAUGAGGUGAUCAUAUCAACGUGAUGCAAACUGGAUACGUUUUGCUGUUUUGGGUAUUUCCCAUUUUCUUGGAAGGAUGCUGUGUGAAAAGCAAUCAACAUUACAAAACAGGACCUCGCAUGACGAUGCCGCAGCAGCGCUAUCGAGUUGUGGAGGGUGAAAUGUUUCUGAUGCCGUGCACCAACAACACGGUGGUGACAUGGUACCAGAUUACAGGAGACAGAAAAGAAGAUGGAUCCUUUAGUUUUGACUGUGGGAGCGAGUUCCUAAUCGAAGCCAAACAUUCAGGAAAUUACACUUUGCUUACUGGCAAAAUAUUCCUUUACCUCCAGGUGUUGGACAAACAGCGCCUGCCAUGUUACAUAGCUGAGGAGGGGGGUGUCAUGCUGCUUGCUGGUGCAGGAGGAACGAUCCCCUGCCCCGGUUUCAACUGUACAGAGAGCACAGGUGUCACAUGGUACAAGGGUGACGAAAGGAUGUCAAAAAUGUAUCGUGACCUCUGCGUGAAGAAUGGCCAGUUACAUCUCUGCACAGUUAGCCACUACGACACAGGGCAAUAUUUUUGUGAUACACACUUUGUAGAACAAGGAGUAGAAUGGACCUUCAGGAGGCCUGUUACCAUAACAGCCAUACCCUUUAAAGAAGUGAGUGCUCCUCCAAGGAUCACAUUACCGGACAACAGCACAGCACAGGAAGUGGAGUUCGGAGAGCCCCACACUAUGACAUGUCUGGUACAUUUUCCUUUUGAACUCAACUUUUCACCACGAGUGCAGUGGUACAUAAACUACGGAGGCAAUGUGGAGAACAGAACUCUGCUACGCACAGAGAGCCAGCAACAGGUGACAAGAAAGGUGACAUUUAAAGAGUUCAUGGUCAACCACACCGAUAUCAUACGGGAGGUGACGCCUCUUCAUCUCAAUCACACGUACACUUGCAUGGCCUCAAACGCUGUUGGCAACAGGAACGCCACGGUCAAGCUCAAGAGGAAAAAUAAAAAGAAAUGGCCAUCACUAGUUGGUUAUCCCAUUGCAUCACUGCUGUUGGUCGCUGGAGUGGGCAUUGUUUUGCAUGUGAAAUGGUUGGAACUCCAACUAAUCUACAAAUCACACUUUCAAAGUGGAAAGCUUGAUGAAGAUGAGAAAGAGUUUGAUGUGUUCUUGUCUUAUGUGUGGACCACUCCACAUGAGCAGGCAGGUUUGACGCUCUUCUCACGAUCAGGACCAGAAUCGGAUGAUUAUCCAUCCACACUUGAGCCAUUCAACUUUCAGCAUGUUAUUGAUGAUUUGAGGCCACCAGAGAUGCUGAUUCCCAUGGUUUUGGAAGACGUGUGGGGGUAUCGCCUCUGUUUACUGGAGAGGGACAUGCUUCCUGGUGGAGCCUACACGAACGAUGUGAUGCAUGCAAUCAGAAGAAGUCAAAUCCUCAUCUGUGUUGUGUCUGCUGAAUACUUGUCCAACAGCAAUGCUGUGUUUGUUCUGGAAUCAGGAAUUCAGAUUUUGUUGCAGAGCUCAACUCUCAAACUUUUGCUGAUACGGACAAGUAGAACUUCCAAAUGUUUCGUAGAGCCAGAUUCCCCUCUGCCCCCAAUGGUCCGAAGGGCAUUGACGGUGCUUCCCAGCCUGGACUGGAAUUUGGGACAAAGUGAAAAAGUGAAUGGCAAAUUCUGGACGUUGCUGAGGAAGGCCUUACCCAAAAACAAAGUAAGACUUGUCACUGGAGUCAUAUCACAUGCCCAUUUUGGACACAAUGAUCACAGAAACCAAGAGUAAGGAACGGGGAUGCACUGAUUCCACUUGUUUUCAGAAGUAUUCAUCUGCCAUACGGCCAUCCGUGUCAUAGUAUCGGAGCAAAUUCGAGUACAGAUGAACAGCAUCAGCAAGCAAAACGCAAUGAUGAAUAGAUUGUCUGACAGGAAAAAAAAAUGUUAACUUUGAGAGGAAACUUCAAUGUUUUUAUGUGGUGAUGCUGGUGUUUACAUUUUUUAUUCCAAACAAAAACAUCUUCCAAAGUGUUUAUUGGGCUGUUAAAACAAUCUUUUAUAGUGUGUAGUCAGAGUUCAAGUUACCAAUUCUUAAAUUCAAAUGUGUAUUGAUUUCAAAGUUGCAGGUAACAGAAUUAAAACAAGAAAAAAGCAAAAAACAAAAACAAAAUGCACAUCUUAUUAGUGAUUUAUGUUGUUCUUCCUUAGGGUAUAUCCUUUUUUUUGUAUCGUAUCAAUUAAAAGGUUGAUUUCUGGUAACUCUUGUCUAUGACUUUGGCUUAUCGCUAGCAUUAUUUUUUUAAGCUAUCCUUUAUCCUUUAUUUGUCCCGCAAUGGGGAAAUUUACAGUCAGAGUUCAGAAAGGAAACCACAAGGUAGGGAGAGGGAAAAAAAACAUGCUCGAACUAUCCUCUUCUGAGCAUAAUUGAAGUCCAGGAUAAAAAAAGACCCUAGCACAUAAAUAAGCAUAUGACAGUUACAACAAGUCACAAGACAUAACAUGUAAUGAGGAGGAUGAAUGGGAAGGGGCAGACAUUUGCAUGGUUUCACACUUGGUUUCAACAUAUUUAUUUAUUUAUUUGUCUGACCACUAAAAUGAGAGACGUGUGUAGUUUCAUGAUGUGAUAAAACACCAAAAUACAACACAGGAGUUUAAGGAAGGGGUAUAAACUGGCACAGCUGGCGAUUAAAAAAAAAAAAAAAAUUAGGUAACUAAAACAGAAAGAACUGUCACAGUCAUUCUUGAAUACAACAAAUUCAACUGAGUACUUGGGUUGCAAAUGUUCAACGUCGGCAACUUUCCAUAGGAAUUAAUGGGAAUAAACCAAUACUUCACAAAAAUUAAAGGUUGUUUCUUAGGGAAUUUAUCGUUGGUCAAUCUAUAUUUUAGCAGAUUCCUGACUAAAACAACCACCUACGGAGGAACCUGGCCUUAUGAGUGUUCUUUUACGAGGUUUUGCACCCACAAGCCAUCGCUUGGAUUUCAUUAUAAUUAUAAUUCAAAUGCUAACCUCCCAUGGAAAGUCACCGGAAAUGUUCUACCGCUUUGCAAUUUUACUAUGGAUAAAACAAGCGCACAACAACAAAACAAAACUGAAUCAAACUGCUAUUUACAUGUAUACACAAAACUGCUCAAAAGUAAAGUACACUUUCGCCAGGUACGCGUACGAAGAAGCAGGAAGAAGCGGGAGAUGUGAACCUUUCUUAUUGGCCAUUCGAUGUAAUGUGCAGCAAAUGUUACACAGUUGACUUCAUCACAUAAUGCUGCGUUUCUCAUUGCUCAGCAACACAGAUGUAAGGUCCUAAACAGAGAACACUAAAAGGCAUGCUUGUUAGGGCAGCCUCAAAGUGGAGACUCCAAUAAUUGAAGCCUUUGUAGAGAUCCCAGGUGGGAUUUAACCAUAAUGUAAGAAGAA